UUUUUGAAAACAUACUUUGCCAUAUCAAUGUCGAUUAUCUCGAAAUAUUAAAAUUAUUUGCUCAAAAACUGUUGAGCUUUAAUGACCAAUCAAUCAGUCUUGCCAAGACACGAGUACUUUGUAAAUUUCGUUUUCAACAACGAUCUGCUUAAAAAUUUGUCAACGAAAUAAUUUAAUUUCUUACAAAAUUAUAAUUUUUUGAAAUGGAAACUGUCGCAAGCUCCUCAACACAGCGUCAAUCUGAUGUUUCUCAACUGCUUGCAAGAAAUGAGAGUACCAACAGAAUAAUUCAAGAUAUUCUACAAAGGCAGAAAUCAUUCAAAGAUGAUCCAGAGAGAAGCAUUCAUCCAAGCUACACUGAUUUCAAAGUUCCCUAUCAUAUGACAUGUCGCUUGCGAUAUUGCAAAAAGAUGAACGAAUACGAAAAGCAAUUUCAGCGGGAACUGAAUGAAAUGCUGAAUCAUCAGCCAACAGCAUACGAUGCUGCAAGAUUUAAUAGGCAUUUAUGUAUAACAACACUGUGGCGACCCUUGCACAAUCGCAAAGAAAUCGAUUAUUUCCAAAGAAAUUUCUUCAGAAUGAAUCCUCGUCAAAAGAAACGACUUGAGUUUAUAAUGAAUACCAAAAUGAUUUAAAGAAGAUUUUUCCCAACCUUAAAAAUUGCUUUCUUAUGUAAAUUAGACAAGUUUGAAGUUUAUUUUAAAUCUUUUUUAAAAAUAAACUGAAACUUGUUAUUCGAGUUUCAAAAUCUAUUUUACCCUUCUUAAA